CCGACCUUACAUUGCGGUUCACACUAGAAGCAGACGCCCCACACCUCUUCAUCCCCACUUUCUAAUCUCACCAAUUUGUUCUGUAUGAAUGAUUCAUUGAAGGGGGACAGAGUUGCAUUUUUCUCAUCUAACACAAUCAAAAUUUCCUGCUCAUGGCAAAGUCCUCUUUCAGUAAGGUUGAUGAGUAUGGAUUUGAACGAGGUGAUGACUUCAAUUAUGAAGCAUACGAAGAGUUUAUGUCCGAGUACUUACCAGUUCUUGCUCGACGGUCUCGGAAGUGGGCGCGACUCAUGAUCAAUCCCAAUUCACUGAAACGAGGCCCCCUCGUUAAACGUUACAUGAGGAAAGGUGUACCAGCUGAGCAUCGCGCCGAGGUUUGGCUCUGGGCCAGUGGAGCAACUCAGCUACGUGAGAAAAUGGGUCCAAAUCUCUAUAGGGAACUACUGAAUGAAACUCAUGAUAAUGAAGUGGUUAGCUCAAUUCGCGUUGAUUUACCAAGAACUUUUCCAGACAACAUUUUCUUCAAUCAGAGUGAUCAAUGUGAACAAAGAAAUCAGCUUUUUAGAGUGCUUUGUGCCUAUGCUCAUCACAACAAACGCGUUGGAUACUGUCAGGGCUUGAAUUACAUAGCUGGUUUGCUCCUACUUGUGACUAAAAGUGAAGAGAAUUCCUUUUGGCUUCUGAAAAUCCUAGUUGAACAAAUAUUACCUGACUACUAUGGACCAACAAUGGAAGGUGUUGUAGUUGACAUUGAUGUCUUAGGAGAGUUAGUACGCUUAAAAGCUCCUGCCAUUCAUCGCCAAGUUUCAGAUUUAGGUUUGCCAUGGCCUGUUGUCACCACUAAAUGGUUCAUUUGUCUUUUUGCUGAGGUUUUACCUGUUGAGACUGUGCUACGUAUUUGGGACUGCUUGUUUUAUGAGGGAUCAAAGAUCAUAUUUCGAGUAUGUCUCACUUUGAUAAAAAAUCAGACUAAUUCAUUAUUAACCUGUGAAGACUUUGGAAGUUUAGCAUCGGCUUUCAAAUCACUAUCUAACGACUCCAGUACUCUUCAUUGCCAUCUCUUUAUGAAGAAUAUAUUUCAAGUCCCAGGACCACUGCCUACUAGCACUAUCAUCAGAUUAAGAGAAAAAAUAUCGCAAGAAAGACAUAAAUCUUAAAAUGUGAUAUACAAUGCACUCUAUAUUUUUUUGUUUUAUAUGAGAGACUAGGAUAAGUUCCCUGAUGUAUUAUAAUUUUGUCUGGCUUUUAUGUAUGUAAAAAACCUUGAAGAUUCACUUCUGAUCAAACUUUCCGUGCUUGUGUAGAGCAAUUACUUUGUGCCAUGCUGUGCUCAUGAUUCUUUGUAUUCUUCGUUUUUUUUUGUUUUUUUUCGUUUUUCUUUUGUAAAACCAAAGUGUCAAAUUUUCACUUCAGGGUAUGUGUCAUCACAGUGUAGAUUGACGUCUCCUCUGAGAUUUGUUCUAAUCAAGUGUUAAAUUUCCAUCUGAUGUAUUUGUUUAAAAAUGAGGGUAGUCUAGACCCAACUAUUUUAUUUUCAUAAACAUAUUUUUUACUUGCUUGUAAGUGCCAGAUAAUAGGACUCAUUAGCAUUUCUGUUUUAGACUUUUCCCUCGAAAGAUCAGUUUUGUUCAGCUUCAUCACUUUUAUUUGCCAUUCAUCAUGGUGUAAGCUUCCAGUAUUUAGCUUCUGUGAUACUCUUUCAAAUCUUAACUAGCCUGUGAUAAUACAAUUGAAUAUAAAAUAUAGGGGCGACUA